AGCGAGCGGGCGGGCUGCCGGGCGCCUCCACCUCCUCUUCCUAAAGCGGCCAGGCGCUGGCGAGCGGCAUCACUGGAGCCCGGGUCCCAGCCGCCAGCGCCACACACUGCGCCGGGCACCCCGGAGGAGGAGGCGCCGGCAGAAGCUGCGGGCGGGCACCAGAAAGGCCCCGGUCGCGAAGCCGGGGAGGGCCGCCCAGCUACCCCCGGAGGAGGAGCCAGCCCGAGCCCCAGACGCCACCGCCGGCCGUGCGAGCAGCAGUCGCCUUCAUGGCCCACUCACCGGUGGCUGUGCAAGUGCCCGGGAUGCAGAAUAACAUAGCCGAUCCAGAAGAGCUGUUCACAAAGUUAGAACGCAUUGGGAAAGGCUCCUUUGGAGAAGUUUUCAAAGGAAUUGAUAACCGUACCCAGCAAGUGGUUGCUAUUAAAAUCAUAGACCUGGAGGAAGCGGAAGAUGAAAUUGAAGACAUUCAGCAAGAAAUAACUGUUUUGAGUCAAUGUGACAGCUCAUAUGUAACAAAAUACUAUGGAUCAUAUUUAAAGGGUUCAAAAUUAUGGAUAAUAAUGGAAUACCUUGGUGGUGGUUCAGCUCUGGAUCUUCUGCGAGCUGGCCCAUUUGAUGAGUUCCAGAUUGCUACCAUGCUAAAGGAAAUUUUGAAAGGUUUGGAUUACCUGCAUUCAGAAAAGAAAAUUCACCGAGACAUAAAAGCCGCCAAUGUCUUGCUGUCAGAACAAGGAGAUGUUAAACUUGCUGACUUUGGAGUUGCUGGCCAACUGACAGAUACCCAAAUUAAAAGAAAUACCUUUGUGGGAACACCAUUCUGGAUGGCUCCUGAAGUCAUUCAGCAGUCGGCUUAUGACUCAAAGGCUGACAUUUGGUCCCUGGGAAUUACUGCUAUUGAACUCGCCAAGGGUGAACCACCUAACUCCGAUAUGCACCCAAUGAGAGUUCUGUUUCUCAUUCCAAAAAACAAUCCUCCAACUCUUGUGGGAGAAUUUACUAAGUCUUUUAAAGAAUUUAUUGACGCUUGCCUGAACAAAGACCCAUCUUUCCGUCCUACAGCUAAAGAACUUCUGAAACACAAAUUCAUUGUAAAAAAUUCAAAGAAGACUUCUUAUCUGACUGAGCUGAUUGAUCGAUUCAAGAGAUGGAAGGCAGAAGGACACAGUGAUGAUGAAUCUGAUUCUGAGGGCUCUGAUUCGGAAUCCACCAGCAGAGAAAAUAAUACUCAUCCUGAAUGGAGCUUUACCACUGUGCGAAAGAAGCCUGAUCCAAAGAAACUACAGAAUGGAGCCGAGCAAGAUCUUGUGCAAACCCUGAGUUGUUUGUCUAUGAUAAUCACACCUGCACUUGCAGAACUUAAACAGCAGGAUGAGAAUAAUGCUAGCAGGAAUCAGGCCAUUGAAGAACUCGAGAAAAGUAUUGCUGUGGCCGAAGCUACCUGUCCUGGCAUCACCGAUAAAAUGGUGAAGAAAUUAAUUGAAAAAUUCCAAAAGUGCUCCGCGGAUGAAUCAUCCUAAGAAACUUACUGUUUUUGGCUUCUGUUUCGUAUGGUCCUAGAGAAACCCACCAAAGCCACUUCAGGCUUAACAAUGCUUAACUCAUGAGCUCCAUGUGCCUUUUAGAUCUUUGCAACAUUGAAGAUUUGGAAAAAGUUAUUCAGCUAUUUUGUGAUGGUGUUUAUCAUUUUAUAUUUUCAAGAGAUUAUUUUGUAAGAAGUAACUUUUAAUACUAGUUUCACCUGUAUUUUAGUAAAUGUUGAGAUACGGUUUGGUUUUUAGGUAAUAUUAUUACUUAAGUUACUAGGAUGAAUGCCUUUCACGUUUUGAUCUUUUGUUAACUGUACACUCAUGAAACGUACAGGUCUUUGCAAAAUCAUUCUUCAUAUUCAGCUUUCGUAAAUCACCAUGCUUCACAAAAGCUUUUAUUUUACUUUACCACAAGCAUAUCUUUAAAAAAAGACUAUUGGUGGGAAGGUAGGGGGAAAAAAGUGAUUCCUUCUUAAAACAGAAGCUUUUAAAAAUGAAACCUGAAAGAGUAUUGACUCUUCUGCUAAGUUGGUGUAGUAGUUCCAGUCAACUCAGUGAUGGUCACAUUUGAGAAUCCUGUAUUUGAAGCAUUUAUAGUUACCAUGUGGCAUCAGAGGUGCCUCUUGCUGUGAAGUAUUGGCCUUCUCUUUUAGAAGAGGCCUUUAACCCUUGUUUAAUGUGGUUGGAAAUCUAAAAUAAUACCUUUAAGCCAACGAUUUUUUUUUUUGGUAUAUAGGGGGAUUACGUCGGGUUUCAUUUCUUAAAUCUGCAAGUCCAAUUGUAUAUCGUAUGUUCAGAUUAGAACAGCUUUAGAAAAGCUGGUCAUCUUGUGACUGAAUAUCUGAGCAACAAGUAUGACUAUAAUAUAUACACCAGCAUAUUUUUGUCGUGGUAGUAAAAGUCCUAUAAACUAUUUAUAGAUGUUUGUUCUUCAUAAUUAUCAGUACAUAAGCGUCAUUAAUUCAUUCUAGAAAAAGAGUAUUUAAUGAGCAUUUUCUAGUUCAUAUAAAAAAAUCAUCAUACGGAAUGAUUUCUGUCCAUACAGAAGUAAAUUUAGACUGUACAGUUAAUUUCCAGUUAUAUUUAUGGUACUGUUAUGUGGGUAAUACAUUUUUUUCCUUUUAAGCCCAGUAUAUAUAUUAUGCCUGCCUAAGUUCUAAACUGGGGCCAUAUUUUAGUAGCUGUAGAAUUAUUAAUAUUAAUUAGUUUGAUAGUUACGGUUUUAUUGUUCGGUCUGCACAAUUUAAUUUUUGCACAAAAGUCAUUUUAAAAAAAAGUCAAAAUAAUUGCCAAGUGUUAGCACAAAGAUGUUCAUCAAAAAUACUGUUUUUAAUCAAAGUGACCAUUACCUCUUUUUUUAUUGUUGUUGUAAUACACAAACACUUGAAUAAGUCGUUGUGUCAUAUGCCAAGAAAAUUAUUUUCAUCGGUGCCUAUACUGUAACCAUUCGUUUUAACACAUUGUAUUUUGAUGUAAUGGUUCAGUUAAAAAAAUUCACCUGCUAUUUAACUAAAAAUCAGUUGCAGUUUAUAAUUCGUGGAUGUCUGGAAAUAAUUUUGCAGCUCACAUUGUGGAUGAAAUGAAUAUUUUUGUAAAAGUGAAAGUAAUGAAUUUAUAAAUUGAUUAUUUGAAACUUUACAGCACAAUGCAUCACUGAUAGAAACUGUGUUGCUUAUUCAUUAUAGUUAUUAGUCCUGUAAACUGUUUCUAGGCAAAGCAUACUUCAGUGUGUGGGGGGGGCAGUGUUAAAAUAAAUAUUUAAAUUUCGUGGUC